GUAUCCACUUUUUAGUGCAUUGCCUGCACGUUGUUGUUAUUUUAUAAUGAAAAUUGAGCCCGGAAGUCUCUUAAAUCGCAUGACUGAGACGAGAAAUGUCUUGACUAAUGUAUAUAAUAGGGCAUCGUUCCUACGGCUGUGGCUAUGCUGACAUGUGUGAUAUGCAGUGAGGAAAUAAUGCUGGAAGAGGACAUGAAGACACAUAUGCUCCUUAGCCAUCUGGAAAAUGACAUGCACUGCGCACUAUGUUCUUUGUAUGGAGUGUCCUAUGAUGAACUUUGCGACCAUAUUAGCGCUGCACAUCCAGACUACCAGCACAAAAUCCAAAAGUCAUCUCACUCCACUUCCUGUUGUCCUUCUACAAUCAGCACAAGUUUUACAGAGAUUGAAUAUCCCCAGACUACAGGUAGCUGUGGUAGAGAUUCAGAAGCAAAACCCUGCGGAUCAUCCAGUGACUCAUUCCCACUUCAAGAGAGAGCAGAUGCCAAGCCAACGCAAAUUAAAGGGGUUUUAACAUCAGAGGGGACUUCAGCCAUCUCAUCAUCUGUAAACCCCAAAAUAAAACGUGGUGUUGGCCUGAGCAUUCCUGUUGUGGAAAAUGCUGGAUAUUUAUCUGAGCAGAAAAGUCCCAAACAAAAGCGCCAAGCUUCUCCAAAGAAUGAGCCAUUGUCUUGCCCCAUGUGUGCACUAGAUUUCAGCAGCAGCGGCAUUCUGCAGGAGCAUGUUGAGUUACACCUGCAGGAACAGCACUCUGCCGAAGCAGCCGAGAAACUUGAGUGCCCAAUGUGUCCAGCUGUUUGCAGCGACAGCGCCUCUCUGCAGCAACAUGUGGAACUGCAUUUAGACAAUGGAGCAGGGAGCUCUGAUUCAGACGCAAGACUGGCUUGGAGACUUCAGCAGGAAAUGGAGAAGAAGAGGAGGGAGGAGGAGACCCGACUGGAGAAGGAGCAGUUUAAAAAGUUGCAGAGGAAGUUUGGACUGGACGGCAGUGGCGGAUAUCGCGCACAGAUGGAGAAAACCAUGGAGAGAGAUGUGGCCAGGGGCAUCAUGGCCCCCGCAGAGUAUCAUUUUAAGAAGGUGGAGAUGAUGGAGUCUCUUGCCUCAGGGGUUGAUGACGGCAGGACCAGAACUCAGGGUGUCAUUGGAGCCUUGUAUCAGUACUAUCAGACUGAAUGCAGAGAUUGUGUGCAUGUGUGGCUGAGCGCUGACACUGACCACUAUUGCUCGUCGCCGGGAGACAAAGGUUGGGGCUGCGGUUACAGAAACUUCCAGAUGCUGCUCUCCUCCCUUUACAGACUAGAUGCAUUUGCUUCCUCUUUACAAGACAAAUCAGUGCCAAGUAUCCCACGGGUGCAGAGUAUGAUUGAGGAUGCAUGGAAAUUAGGACUGGAUCCUCAAGGUGCAUCCCACUUUAACCAUAAGCUACAGGGAACAAGAGCCUGGAUUGGUGCCACAGAGAUCUACGUCCUCCUCACGUCGCUAGGAAUCAGUGGCCGCAUCGUUGACUUCCACCAGCCAACAGGUCCAGGAGGCACCCAUCCCCGGCUCUUUGAGUGGGUCAAACAGUACUUCAGUCAAUCCAGCAGGAGUAACAGAUUGCCUCCCAGAAUCAUCCAGACCUUAGUGCCCCCACUCUACCUGCAGCAUCAAGGGCAUAGUCGCUCCAUCGUGGGUUUGGAGCAGCGGAAGAAUGGAAGCCUGUGCCUUCUGCUUUUGGAUCCUGGUUCACCGUCGUCAGACACCAUGAAGUUGAUGAGUAGAGACACUGCGUCCACAGCCAUCCGCCAUGUCCGAAAGCUUCCUGGCAGCCUGAAACAUAAACAGUACCAGGUAGUGGGAGUAGAGGGUGUGUUGUCUGCUGAAGAGAAACAGAUUCGGAUCUUGAACUCCAGAACACUGUGUGCUGAAAGGAUCCCAUGAACUGAAAUGUGAUUUCCCCCAAACUCCCCAAGUUUCUCACAAUCUUUUUGUUUUUAAUGUGAAUAUUAUAUCAUUUUAACAUGUAUAGUAUGCCGCACUCAUUUGUUAAUAAAUGUUCAAAAUUACUCACCUAUAGUGGAGUGGUUCACUUCACUUCCUGAGU